AAGUACCAAGAAACCAAAUGUUACUGGCAAACUUCCAAGUGAAAUGUUAGAACACAAGAGGAUUAUAGACGUACAACAAAGUUUGGUAGAUGUACCAUUAUUAGAUGGUAUCAAUAUACCGGAUUUGCAACUCAAUAAAGAGACUUUGGAAACAGACCAGUUACUCGAACCCAAUGAAGAACAAAUACCUACUCGGCAAGGCUCACUGUUAGCCGAAGAAAUUUCUGUCACGAAUGAUGAACACCUGGAUGCAGUAAACGAACAACCUUCUCCAGUUACGAAAGACAGUUCACUACAAGAAAGCUCUCCACCUCCAGCCAUACCAACACCUUUACCUGCCCUACUGGACUCUCCAUCUCCAACUAGAGCAACGUCUUCACCUGCUCUACUGGACACUGCACCUCCAGCUACACUAACGCCUGUCCCUCAGGACUCUCCAGCUUCUGUGCAAGCAUCUUUAACUACUAAAAAAAGUUCUUUGGCCAAAGUAUCAAAGAAUUCACUCGAGGAUCAAGCUGAUCCAUUAGCUGGGUUCUUGAAAUCUUUUAGUAAAAAUAUAAAGGAGCAACUAUCAGGUAUGAAGACUACUCUUUCAACAAAAAUUAAUGCAUUAGAUGUCAAACUAACAGUUAUGCAAAAGGAUGUAGAUGAGAUUAAGACUUUUAUAAUGGAAUCAAGACAAAUGACAAAAAAUGAAAGAUUAGUGGCAUUUCAAACUUUUUGUGAAAGUUACGAUGCACACCAUUUUCCUAUGUCUUCCAUGGAAAACUUUGACAACUUCGACAGUGAUCUAGAAGGUCAAAUGUUCGAUGAUUUACAACAACAUCUUCUUUGUACGACUAACACAAGUUAUGAUUUAAUGAAAAUCAUUACCAGCAUUUUUAAAACAUUUCUGUCAAGAGAUGUAAUAAUGUCGUUUACAGCUCAAAUAAAAAAGCAAGGAUAAAAGGAUUUUCAAGGAUACUAAAUUCUUUAGAUGUAUAAAAUGUAAUGAUUUUUUUUUUAACUCUACAUUAUUUUCUUAACAUUUUAUAUUAUUAAUUAAUAGAAUCGCUAAUGCAAGCUUUUGAUAAAAAAAAAAGUGAUCGACGAUUCGACGCUCCUGACCACAAUUGGAGCUGUCAUCAAUAACUCCUACGACUGGAAUGGCUACAGAAGCAAGAGGCAGAGGAUAGACGCAGUUUAACCCUAGAAUCUCGUAUAUUAAAUUACUUUUUUUGAACUAACUAACUUUGUAUUUUUUUAAAUAAAAAUCAUUCAUAGUGCUAUUUUUAA